GAUAUCAUAUCAACAUCUAUUUUCUGUGGUACUUAUUGGGAUUGUUUUCAUUCUUCACGAAGAAAUACGGGAUAUGAAGAAUGAAUUAGAAGCAUUGAGAAACAAUUAUCGUGAAGAUAUACUGUUUAUCAAAAAGGAAUUGGCGCCAAAAGGAAACAAUUUUCCUGAGGAAAAACGUCAUAUACAGAAUGAAUUAAAGGGAACAAGGGACGAAUUUCGUGAGGAAAUACGUGAGGUUAGAAAUGAUUUUGAGGCGACAAGAAACAAUUUUCAUUCCAUUCUUAAAACCUUGGCAUAUUUUGGAUCCUUAUUGUCAGUUCAAACAGCAAAGGGUCUAUUUGUUCAUGACUUAUGGAAAAAAGGAUUUCAUAAAGAUAGUGUAGAUUUUGAUUUGUCAUCGGUGAAAGGAAUCUAUAUUUCAAAAAACAAGAAAAUAAUCAGCAAUGCCAUGUUUUCAUCAGCUGUGGUUAGACAAUUUGGACACACAUUACAGCAACACGGAGAAGCUGAAGCCAACAGAAAAAUAUUACGGGGAGAAGAGUUCAGACUGCUUUUUAUUUUGCGGUACGAAUUCAAAAAGGCAUGCGCAAUUAAAGACUUUUUCUUUGGUCUAUUUUUUUGCGACGAAAGAAAUGCUAGAUUUGAAAAGGAAAUUGCACACUGUUGGAAUAUGGUAACACAUUGUGACACAGAUGCUGUAUACAUAGUCUUCAGAAACGAACAACAGAUUAAACUCGAUUUGUUGUCUCCCUUAACUGAACGAACUCCAUUCAGUUUUGGAUUUGAUAUAAAUGUAAGUGGAAUACAUGGUUCUAUCACCUAUAAAGAUCUUUUGAGUGGGAAAGAGUUGCACACAUUCAACUCUGUCAACUUUUCGGAAUCAUUGAUCUCGCUUUUUGGUAUCUCACAUCGUGAGAUGGUUGAUUGUAUGAUCAUAUUGAUCUAGUAUUUCAUAAGUGUAACGGGUAAAGUUAAAAAUAAAAUGAACUUUUUACAUCAA